AUGACGUUAAUUAAUCACUUAGACGAAGUGAUUAAUCAUCCACGACCAAUCACAAACAACGACAGAAACCGCGAAAAAAUAUUGGAGUCGUUUAAUAAAAUUUACAAGUGGUGCAAAAAUUUGGAUAAUUCGACGAUUAACCAUCUGGGUAAUGUCUUCAAGCCGCAAAUUAAUUGGUAUGAUCAGGUGGAAAGCUUGAAAGCCAAAGUAAAUAAUAGGGAUAAUAAAAAGGAAAAAGAAGAUGCGAUUUUUUUUGAUAUUUUGGAGCUUAUUGAAACUAAAUUUCAUAGUCAAUUUAUGGACUAUCUUAUGGAUUAUGAUGGAUGCAAUCCUGAUACAAUUGAUCGGUUCAUUGGAAAUAUUCUUGAUAAUAAAAAUUAUCAGGAUAUGAUUGAUUUGAUUAAUAGAUUUAUUACUUUGUCUUCUGGGGUUGAGAGGAAUGAUAUUGAAAAUAUUUUUGGAAUUAUUGUCGCUCAACUGCAAAGAAACUCAAAUACAUUUGUUACCUGCGAUGACAAACCAGCGUUCGAACAAUUUCACAAUUUUUACGAACGAGUUUUAGUAACAACCACUAAAGCAUACAUAAUGUUUAGUUUAACUUUUAAAUUCCGUCAAUUAAUAUUGUCAAAUUUCAAUUUAUUCGAAAGAGAACAACAUGUUGUUUUUGAAUAUUUCAAAAUUUCACUUAAAGAAAUUACUAAGUCAGCUAAAUACUAUUUAGAAACAAUUGACAAUCCUAUUUACAAAUCAUACAAAAAUUGCGAUCCUGAAAGCUGGAAAGAAGGUGAAAAUUACAUUCGAGUGAAAAAUUAUGUAACUCAUUACGAACCAUCAAUUACAUGGGAUGUAAAUAAUGGUAUGGUAAAUAUGACCGAUGCUGACCCGGAAUAUGAAUGCAAUACUGUUCGCGCUUAUUGGGACCCUAAAAAUCCAACCGGAGUUGUUUACAGUAUGGCGUGUCCUUAUACUUUUGAACACAAUUCUUCGAAAGAGAGAUUCUGUCCCACCGCCAACAGAGACUACGUUUCACCGGCACACAAUCACAUGUCUUCAGCGUGUAUUGGAAACAAAGACAACAAGCUUCAAAAGUUGUGCGCAUGCGGACUAUCUUCAGACAUUUGGGACAGUGUUAAUAAACUGAGUUUGAGGCCUUUUGUGACAGACAGCACGAAAAAUCAAGUAAUCGUCGGAGUUAGGUUUGUUGUUAAAAACGGAAUCAUAGCCUUAGAAAUAAAACAAGGAACAAUGGUUAAUGGCGCUGUUGAUCAAAGUACAGUAUUUUGGAAGACUAGUUUCGAUUUCGCAGAUGAACCGUCAGAUGUCGUUAGACUUGAUUACGGAAUGAAGGCAAUUAACCUCGAUACAAUUGAACUUUUCGAGAGGGAUGUUGUUACAGGAAUUAAAUUUGAAGUGCUAUCUAAUAAUCACAUUACAAUUAAAAUUCGUGGAUCGACAAUACAAAAAGAUGACAGAGUUUUUGCGUUAGGUCAUGAUGAGUGGCACUAUCCUCCCGCGAAGAGUUCCGAAGAUGACAGGUAUGCAUUUAAAUUGGAAGAUUUUAAAAAUCCAACUGAGUCAUCGCUUAAAAACAACGAAUUAAGCCGAUCAGGACAGAAUUACGUUCGACUAACUGUUGGAGUUUACUCUAGAUUAUUCAAUAAUUUUGCAGUAAUCCCUUUUAUCGACUCACGGGCUGUUGUUUCGUCUCCUCCGGCGCCGUUCGGAGGAUUAGGUUUGUUAUACAAAGGACAGCCAGGAUACGGAGGAUUUAUAGCGUUUAAAUAUAUUUUGUCUAAGUACAAUCUUAAUGUCGACGAAAGAAUUCUUUAUAUUAAUUGA